CUCCUCUCUUCGUCUUCGUUCGUCAAUCCCCACUCUCUGUGAGUCCCAACAAACCACGACGUUACACAAAACUACGUCGUCUUGACCACUCAGCGCUCUCCUCAACCUUCUUCACCACCCGUUGUUAUUAUGGCCAACCAUUCCGAGUGGAAACAAACCAGAGACGUCGAGAAAGAGACACCUUUUUUCCUCUCUUCCUCUCUUUUUUUCCUUUUUUCCACUUCUGGCUGAAGCUGGUAAUAUUUUUUCUUCCCGUUCCGCCCCUGCCUCUCGUUUCCUCUGGAGAAAUCUCCAUCUUCUCAGCAAUCUUGUUGUUUCGCUCGCUCUGUUGUCGUCUUCUCCCGCGUUUUCUGGGUGAGUGGACGUAAUAUUCUUUAGAUUCGGCGGUGGAUUUCGUCUAUUUGAGACCCUGAGAGCUGUUCUUCGUUGAGUCAUUGCGAGAAAAGCAAGAGAGCUAAGAGCUGUGGUGAAUUGGCGGAUUGGAAAUGGCGGUGUUCGGAGCAAAAUGGCAGGGUGUGAGAUCCAUGUGCAUGAUAUUGUUCAACUUUGCGGUUGCUUUUGUAUUCGUUAAGGCCGAGAGAGGGCUCAGGCUCGAAAGCUCGAGGUUCGAUGGAGCAAAGGGAUCUGUUUCCGGCAAUGAUUAUCUUUUCCGAGCUGUAAAUUUCCUAUGGCAAUCGGAUAAAGUGGGAUACGAACACGUUUGGCCGGAGAUGAAGUUCGGAUGGGAAAUUGUUUUGGGGAGUGCUAUUGGAUUCUUUGGAGCAGCGUUCGGGAGUGUCGGCGGUGUAGGUGGUGGUGGGAUUUUUGUUCCCAUGCUUAGCCUGAUUGUUGGGUUUGAUCCAAAGUCGGCAACAGCUAUAUCGAAAUGUAUGAUCAUGGGUGCAGCUGCCUCAACUGUUUACUAUAAUCUCAAGCUAAGGCACCCCACGCUAGAUAUGCCGAUUAUCGACUAUGAUUUGGCAGUACUUAUCCAACCGAUGCUCAUGAUGGGAAUUAGUAUAGGAGUGGCAUUCAAUGUGAUCUUUGCUGACUGGAUGGUCACGGUUUUGCUUAUUGUUCUUUUUAUAGGCACAUCGACAAAAGCAUUCCUCAAGGGUGUUGAUACAUGGAAAAAGGAAACUAUUAUGAAAAGGGAAGCCGCAAAGCGACUGGAGUCAAAUGGAGCUGGUGUUGAUGCAGAAUACAAGCCUCUUCCAGAUGGCCCAAAAAAUGACCAACAAAAGGAGCCAGAGAUCUCUCUUGUGGAGAAUGUUUACUGGAAAGAGUUUGGACUUCUGGUUUUUGUCUGGGUCGCAUUUCUUGCACUGCAAAUUGCCAAGCAUCACACAUCUACUUGUUCGACAGCCUAUUGGAUAGUGAAUUUGUUACAGAUCCCUGUUUCUUUAGGUGUAUCUACGUAUGAGGCAGUUGGCCUAUACAAGGGACGGAAAGUAAUAGCAUCUAAGGGAGAGGAAGGGACAAAUUGGCGAGUGCACCAGCUGAUUUCCUACUGUCUUAUGGGUGUCGUUGCAGGAAUUGUAGGAGGAUUGCUUGGACUAGGUGGAGGAUUCAUUAUGGGUCCACUAUUUUUGGAGCUCGGAAUCCCCCCUCAGGUCUCCAGUGCCACAGCUACCUUUGCAAUGAUGUUCUCAUCCUCUAUGUCUGUUGUAGAAUACUACCUUCUAAAACGAUUUCCAGUUCCUUAUGCUGCUUACUAUACAGCUGUGGCUACCAUUGCGGCCAUUAUAGGACAGCAUGUUGUGAGGAGGAUGAUAACGAUCUUUGGGAGGGCAUCAUUGAUCAUUUUCAUUCUAGCUUUUAUGAUUUUCGUCAGUGCAAUCUCACUCGGUGGGGUUGGCAUAUCGAACAUGAUUUGGAAGAUAAACCACAAUGAAUACAUGGGUUUCGAAAACCUUUGCAAGUAUGAUGGAUAGCUUGUGUUUCGUUCUUAAAAUUUCUUUUUUGCUCUUUUCUCUAGAGGAAAAAAGAAAAAUUAAAAAUGUAGUAUCCAUCCUCAGAGAUGACCUGUUGUACAAGCUAGCUCAACCUUGUACUCUUUGGGUCAGUACGAUGAAAUCGAAUAAUUGUUUCUCUAAAUUUUCUUAUAUGUUUCUCCAUUCACA